AUGGAAAUUCUUCUUCGAUUACCGGCAAAAUCGAUCGGGAGAUUCAGGUGCGUCUCAAAGCUGUUUUGCUAUCUCUCGUCGGAUCCAGGGUUCGCGAAGCGUCACCUCGAUCUAAUCCUUCGAAACGAUUCCGUUAGAUCGGUUCACCGGAAGCUAAUCGUCUCUUCACAUAAUCUAUACUCUUUGGAUUUCGAUUCGAUCGGCGACGGAUGUGAAGGAAUUAGGGAUUUAGCCUCCGUAGAGCUCAAUUAUCCGCUUAAAGACAAUCCGAGUAUUUUCGCUGAGAUGAUUAGGAGUUACGUCAGAGAUCAUCUACACGGUGGUGGAUCUGAGGUUGACGAAGAUGAUCGUCGUGUGAUGCUUAAGCUUAAUGCGAAAUCGUAUCGAAGAAAUUGGGUUGAGAUUGUUGGAUCUUCGAAUGGUUUAGUGUGUAUCUCUCCAGGUGAAGGUGCUUUGUUCUUGUAUAAUCCAACCACCGGAGAAUCCAAGAGAUUACCUGAGACUGUACCUCCCAAAUCCAAUGAAUUCGUAGAACAGUUCCAAACUUACGGAUUUGGAUUCGAUGAUUUGACCGGUGAUUACAAAGUAGUGAAGCUUAUUGCUGAUAGUGAAGAUGUUAUCAACGCUAGUGUCUACUCCUUGAAAUCGGACUCGUGGAGACGAAUCAGUGAUUUGAGUUACGUACACAACGAUGGUUUCAAUUCCGGUGUGCAUUUCAAAGGUGUGAUCCAUUGGGUUUUCACUCUUAAAGAAGGUAACCAAAACCCGAGAGUGAUCGUAGCAUUUGAUAUUAAAACAGAGGAGUUUCGAGAGAUGACAUUGCCUGAUGAAGCUGAGGAUUGUUCUCAUACUUUCAAAAACUUUGUAGUUGGGAGUAUCAAUGGACGUCUCUGUGUGGUUAAUAGUUGCUACGAGGUGCACGAUGAUAUUUGGGUGAUGAAUGAGUACGGUGUAGCAAGUUCAUGGCACAGAAUUCGGAUCAGCUUGUUGUAUAGGUCGAUGAAACCGCUGUGUUCGACUAAGAACGAUGAAGAGGCUCUUCUAGAGCUUGAUGGAGACAUGGUGUUGUACAAUUUCGAGACAGAUACAUCGAGGAAUCUUGGAAUUCGCGGUGUUAAGCUCAGUGACGGGUUUGAGGCCAAUACAUACGUAGAGAGCCUCAUAUCACCCAACUUGUAUGGUAUAUAG